AUGGCGAACUCGGGCAGUAGCAAGACCGUGCUGAAGCAGACUCUGAGUCCUGCACUGCUCGAACAAGUACGGAAUGUCUGGUUCGAGCACAUCGAAUCCGAUGACGGCUUGAUUCUUCCCGGUCAGAACGACGUGAAACGAUGGUUUGUCCGUGACGAGGAUUUCGACAAGGUCUGCGUAGCCCAAUUCCAGUCCGCCCUAGACAAGAUUGUGGAAAGCCGAGCAAAUGAGGAAGAUAUUCUAGAGGCCAUUGAUACCUCAUCCCCACUCGCUUGGCUGAGCAUCAUCCUUCUUCUCGAUCAAGUGCCACGAAAUUGCUAUCGUGGAGACGCUUCGAAGAUGGUCUUUGAGCACUUGGAUCCUCUUGCAGAAGCCGUUGCCCUCCGUGCCAUUGAUGCCGGUGUCCCAACCAUGUCGUCGACGGUACGCUACCGUCUGGCGUAUCGAUUCUGGUUCCCCAUGCCACUGAUGCAUUCUGAGAAACUUCACGUGCAUGAGAAGGCGGUGGUGCAGCAUGAGGAGAACGCCAAGGACAUGGAGAAUCUUUUGAUGCAGGACGUUUCCGCCUUGAGCGAUGACGAGAGGAAAUGCUACAAGGUGCUGUCAAAGAAUUCGGAUGCUGUUCGUGCAUUGCUUUCCAAUCAACUGGAAUAUGAGAAACGGCACAAGGUGAUCAUCGAGCGCUUUGGUCGAUAUCCUCAUCGAAAUCAAGCCUUGGGCAGGGUGGCAACUGCGGAAGAGGAAGAUUAUCUGCAGAACGGAGGCGAGACAUUUGGCUAG